CCGGUGAAGGGGCGGGAGGUUUAGCCACCUCUGCCCGCAGGACUUGCUGCUCCAGAGUAGCACAGGGCAGCUGCCAGUAGGUCGGCAAUGCCUGAGGCUAGGGAAUCCCCGGGAGAGCCCUGAGCGCCACCUGCACCGCCUAGGAAGGACGACCAGAAGUUAGCCCCAGGGGUUCAGAGAAGCUCCCUUCUCUACAACUAUGGUUGGCGAUUCUAGGAAAGCUACGAACAAAGACAUGGAGAUAGGAGUCACGUCCCAGGACCACAAGAAGAUUCCCAAGCAGGCACGGGAAUACAUCCCUAUCGCCACCGACCGCACUCGCCUGCUGGCAGAAGGCAAGAAGCCGCGCCAGCGCUACAUGGAGAAGAGUGGCAAGUGCAAUGUGCACCAUGGUAAUGUUCAGGAGACCUACCGCUACCUAAGUGACCUCUUCACCACCCUGGUGGACCUCAAAUGGCGCUUCAACCUUCUGGUCUUCACCAUGGUCUACACCAUCACGUGGCUGUUCUUCGGCUUCAUUUGGUGGCUCAUUGCUUACGUCCGAGGUGAUCUGGACCAUGUGGGUGACCAAGAGUGGAUCCCUUGUGUUGAAAACCUCAGUGGGUUCGUGUCUGCCUUCCUGUUCUCCAUUGAGACAGAAACAACCAUUGGGUAUGGUUUUCGCGUCAUCACCGAGAAGUGCCCGGAGGGGAUCAUACUCCUUCUGGUGCAGGCCAUUCUGGGCUCUAUCGUUAAUGCCUUCAUGGUGGGUUGCAUGUUUGUGAAGAUCAGCCAGCCAAAGAAGAGAGCAGAGACCCUCAUGUUUUCCAACAAUGCCGUCAUCUCCAUGCGCGAUGAGAAGCUGUGCCUCAUGUUCCGGGUAGGUGACCUCCGAAACUCCCACAUCGUGGAGGCCUCCAUUCGCGCCAAGCUUAUCAAAUCCCGGCAGACCAAAGAAGGAGAAUUCAUCCCCUUGAACCAGACCGACAUUAAUGUGGGCUUUGACACUGGGGACGACCGUCUCUUCCUGGUGUCCCCGCUCAUCAUCUCCCAUGAGAUCAAUGAGAAGAGCCCUUUCUGGGAGAUGUCACGUGCUCAGCUGGAACAGGAAGAGUUUGAAGUCGUAGUCAUCCUAGAGGGAAUGGUGGAAGCAACAGGCAUGACUUGCCAAGCACGAAGCUCCUACAUGGAUACCGAGGUCCUCUGGGGUCACCGAUUCACUCCCGUCCUCACCUUGGAAAAAGGCUUUUAUGAGGUGGACUACAACACCUUCCAUGACACCUAUGAGACCAACACACCCAGCUGCUGUGCCAAGGAGCUGGCAGAGAUGAAGCGGAAUGGUGGGCUCCUUCCCAGCCCUCCCUUGCUUGGGGGGUGUGCUGAGGCUGGGAGAGAUGCGGAGGCUGAGCAGGAUGGAGAGGAUGAGCCCAACGGACUGAGUGUGUCCCAGGCAACCAGGGGCUCAAUGUGA